AUGUUGUUGUUAAGUGCCAUCGACCUGACCCCAGGGUUCUUUUUCUUGAAUGGUGUCCCUGGACUGGAAGCUGCACACAUCUGGAUCUCCCUGCCAUUUUGCUUCAUGUACAUCAUCGCUGUGGUGGGGAACUGUGGGCUCAUCUACCUCAUCAGCCAUGAGGAGGCUCUGCACAGGCCCAGGUACUAUUUUUUGGUCCUGCUAUCCUUUACUGAUGUUACUUCAUGCACUACCACUGUAGCCAAUAUGCUCUGCAUAUUCUGGUUCAACCUCAGGGAGAUUGACUUUAAUGCCUGCCUAGUCCAGAUGUUUUUUGUGCACAUGUUGACUGGGAUGGAGUCUGGGGUGCUCAUGCUCAUGGCACUGGACCGCUAUAUGGCCAUCUGUUACCCCUUGAAUUAUACCAGCAUCCUCACCAACCGUGUCAUCGUCAAGGCUGGUCUUGCCACCUUUCUGAGGAGUGUGAUGCUCACCAUGCCAUUUACCUUCCUCACCAAGCACCUGCCCUACUGCCAGGGUAACUUCAUUCCUCACACUUACUGUGACCACAUGUCUGUGGCCAAAGUGUCCUGUGGAAGUUUCAAGGUUAAUGCUAUUUAUGGUUUGAUGGUCUCUCUCCUAAUCGGUGUAUUUGAUAUCUGCUGUAUCUCAGUGUCUUACACAAUGAUCUUGCAGGCUGUAAUGAGCUUGUCAUCAGCAGAUGCUCGUCACAAAGCCUUCAGCACCUGUACAUCUCAUAUCUGUGCCAUUGUCAUCACGUAUGUCCCUGCCUUUUUUACUUUUUUCACCCACCGCUUUGGGGGGCACCUUAUCCCCCACCACGUACACAUCAUUGUGGCCAACCUUUAUCUGCUACUGCCCCCUACAAUGAACCCAAUCGUUUAUGGAGUAAAGACCAAGCAGAUUCGGGAAGGUGUGAUCAAAUUUUUACUUGGAGACAAAAUUGUCUUUACCUAAGAUAAAUGAAUAAUAAAAUACAUUUAUUUCUUAGGGGAAAAAAAAGAAAAGUUAAGAAGAAAUUUGUAAAAGGUGUGGAAGAAAUGGUAUUAAAACCAAUUGUUCUUACACAUAGAUUUUCUGAAGGCUUCGAAAGUAUGAUUCAAAACCUUCGCAGGCAUUUCUCUCAUGAAAUGUUUCUUGUCAUCAAAAAUCUGAUAGAGACAAGAACAUAGAAUAAAAAAGUAACAUACCUAUUCCUUCUAUAACUUAUGUUUUACAUUAGAGCUUUUAGAUUCACAUGUCUAGUGA